GGGGAAUCUCCAAUGCGAACUAAAACCCUCGGUCGUCGUCGAAGUCCCUCACUAAAAUCUCAGUCCGUAAAACCCACAUCUCAUCUUUCGCUCCGACGAUCUCUGAAGCUCUCACAGUCCUACUAGGAAAGGUAGCUCCGUCUUUGAUUUAUUCAAUAGUCCAGUUCUUGAUCUGAUAAGGAAGAUAUGCCUUUGUAUGAUUGUAUGCUUCUGGCGAAGCCCCAUGUAAAGAAGGAGGCUCUGAUGGACCUAGUUGCUAGAGUAAGCAAGCAUGUUUUCCGAAGAAAUGGGGUUAUUAGAGAGAUCAAGUCCUUCGGCAAUGUGCAUUUGGGAUAUGGUAUUAAGAAGCUUGAUGGGAGAUUUUAUAAGGGUCAACUGAUGCAGAUGACAAUGAUGGCUACACCUAACAUGAACAAGGAGCUGCAUUACCUGAACAAGGAAGAUCGGUUGCUACGCUGGCUCUUGGUUAAACACCGAGACACACAGUAUGGCAUGGAAUUUAUUAGUGAAGUGGAUAGCAGAAAUGAACUUAACCAAUAUCGUUGGGAAAGCAUACUUGAUGUCACCGGAAGAAAUGAUGACGAUGAUGAUGAUGAUGAUACUGACGACGAGGACGAGGAGUCUGACGACGACAUUGAUGAAAAUGAGUCUGACCAGGAAGGAAGGCUGAUUGAUGGGUGAUGAAUGUCGAGGAUUGAAAUUUCUUUCUGUUUGUCAUAAAGUUCUGUGGCAGCAACUGUUGUGAACUAUGUUGGGUGAAUCUCAUCAACGUUUUAGGUGCUGUGGGCUUUCAAUUUUCAUGUCCUUGCCUGCGUGGUGCAGCUAAAUUCUUUUUAUUUUUUAUCAUAGCUUCUAUCCAAGAUGAAAUAUAAAAUGUUUUCAGUUCAUUUUUGCAUUUCUUGGACUUGUGAGAUCUAAAAUGAUGCAUGUCGAAGUGACUUAGAAUUGAACUGAAAGAAUGUACCUGUUUCUCAAGCAAAAAGUGUGCAGAUAUGAGAUAUGGAGAGGAACCAAGUCACUAAUAUUGUUUAACCUGGUUCAACCAAGAAAAAUGUGCUACAACUCUUUCUAAUGGAAACAAUUAUUUUC